AUGCAUUGUGACAUGAUUACUAAAAGCCGUAUGUGUGGUUGGGGAUAUGAGGGAGAUUGUCUUUGUUCUUUUUGUCGAAGUGGUAUGGAGUCAAGGGAUCAUCUCUUCUUUGAGUGUAGCUUUAGCUACAGAAUAUGGGAGGAAAUUCUUGGCCUUUGUUUGAUUUCUAAGCUGAAGAAAUAUUGGGAGGAAGUUGUUGAUUGGAGUGUGUUUGAGAUGAGGCAUGACUGUCUUAGAAGUAGGUUGUGUAUCUUGAGCUUGGGUGCUACGGUUUAUAACUUGUGCAAGCAUAGAAAUGAUAUUCUACAUGGGAAUGUUUUGAGUUCGGAGGAGAUGAUUAUAGCUAAAAUUAAGGGGGAGGUUCGGGCUCGUAUUAUGGCUAAAGGCCCUUAUAAAAAGUCUUCCAUGAAUGUGCAGCUUGAGGCUUUGUGGACUCUUCACAAGAUCUUCAAUUAA